AUGGCUGGGGUUAUGAUAAUGGUGUUGCUCUGCCUCUCUGUAGGGACCAUGUUGGGAGUCCAGGGUGAAGAUCCUUACUUGUUUUUCACAUGGAACGUCACCUACGGUACCCGCUCUCCUCUGGGAGUUCCUCAGCAAGUCAUUCUCAUUAACAAUCAAUUUCCAGGUCCCAACAUCAACUCUACCUCCAACAACAACAUCGUCCUCAAUGUCUUCAAUAACCUUGAUGAGCCCUUCCUUCUGACAUGGAGCGGUGUCCAACAAAGGAAGAACUCAUGGCAAGAUGGAGUGCUUGGGACCAACUGCCCAAUCCUCCCGGGAACCAACUUCACCUACCACUUCCAGGUUAAGGACCAGAUUGGUAGCUACAUCUACUACCCGACCACAGGCAUGCACCGUGCAGCUGGAGGCUUUGGCGGCCUUCGCAUCAACAGCCGCCUGCUCAUCCCUGUACCUUAUGCUGAUCCCGAGGAUGACUACACCGUCAUACUUAAUGACUGGUAUACCAGCAGCCAUGCCACUCUCAGGAAAUACUUGGAUGACGGCCGCUCUCUUGCAAGGCCUACUGGUGUCCUUAUCAAUGGCAAAAACGCCAAGGGAGAUGGCAAGGAUGAGCCCCUCUUCAAAAUGAAGCCUGAAAAGACUUACAAGUACAGGAUCUGCAAUGCUGGGAUCAAGAAUACUCUCAAUUUCAGGAUCCAAGGCCAUACUAUGAAGCUUGUGGAGAUGGAGGGAUCCCAUGUGGUGCAAAACGUGUACGAGUCACUCGAUGUCCAUGUUGGACAAUGCUUCAGUGUCCUCGUGACAGCCAACCAAGCUCCCAAAGACUACUACAUGGUGGCUUCCACCCGAUUCAAUAAGCAGGUUCUCACCGCCAAGGGCAUCAUUCGUUACACCAACGGCAAGGGUCCAGCAUCACCUGAGUUCCCUGAGGCACCAGUUGGAUGGGCUUGGUCUCUCAAUCAAUUCCGUUCCUUCCGCUGGAACCUUACAGCCAGUGCUGCUAGGCCUAACCCUCAAGGCUCUUACCACUACGGUUCCAUCAACAUUACCCGCACCAUUAAGCUCGUAAACUCAGCUAGCCGAGAAGGUGGCAAGCUUCGCUAUUCCCUCAAUGGCGUCUCUCACGUUGAUCCAGAGACACCUCUCAAAAUUGCUGAGUACUAUGGGAUUGCAGACAAGGUGUUCAAAUAUAACACCAUCAAGGACAUGCCAUCAGCUAAGAUUGGUAAGGUUGUCACACAACCCAAUGUCCUCAACCAAACCUUCCGCAACUUCGUUGAAAUAAUCUUCGAGAACCACGAGAAGAGCAUGCAAUCAUACCAUUUGGAUGGUUAUUCCUUCUUUGCGGUCGCUAUUGAGCCUGGCACCUGGACCCCUGAGAAGAGGAAGAACUAUAAUCUCCUUGAUGCAGUGAGCAGGACUACUAUCCAGGUCUUUCCCAAAUCCUGGGCUGCCAUCCUCUUAACUUUUGAUAACGCGGGGAUGUGGAACAUCAGGUCUGAGAUGUGGGAGAAAGCAUACCUUGGUCAGCAGCUCUAUGUCAGUGUUCUCUCCCCUGAACUCUCUCUUAGGGAUGAGUACAACAUUCCUGACAAUGCUCUGCUUUGUGGGAAAGUCAAGGGCUUGCCCAAGCCUAAGCCAUACACCAUAUAA